UUUAGUGUGUAGAAAAUAAAAUGCUCACCUGAACUACAGAUCACCUCCACAGAGAGGAGGGCACACUAACCUGUCGUUCAUCAUCUCCUCUUCCUAUAAACCAUGGCGUACAGAGGCAGUGUUAAACCUUUUGUCAAUUUCAACGCCAAACAUGAUGCUGAACUUCUCCAUAGAGCAAUGAAGGGAAUCGGUACAGAUGAAGAUACUGUUCUCAUGGUUCUGACAGCUCGCUGCAAUGAUCAGCGUCAGGAGAUUAAGGCUGCAUAUAAAAAAACCUACGGAAAGGACUUGGUGAGUGCUCUGAAGUCUGAACUCGGUGGGCUGUUUGAGGAUCUGAUCGUGUCCCUGAUGACUCCACCUGUUUUAUAUGAUGCUACUCAGCUACACAAAGCUCUGAAGGGCGCCGGGACUGAUGAUCAAGUCCUGAUUGAGAUCUUGGCCUCCAGGACUGGCGAAGAGAUUAAAGAAAUCACCAAAGUCUACAAGAAAGAGUUUGGAGGCAAACUGGAGAAAGACAUCUGCGGUGACACCGGAGGGAGCUACAGGAAACUGUUGGUGAUCCUUCUGCAGGGGAGCAGGGAGGAGGACGUAGACGAGGACAAUAUUGAAAAGGAUGCUAAGGACCUGUACGCUGCUGGUGAGGGCAAGUGUGGCACAGACGAGGAAAAAUUCAUCACAAUUCUUGGCAACAGGAGUGAGGAGCAUCUUCGAAGGGUAUUUGAUGCCUACAAGAAGAUCUCAGGCUCGGAUAUUGAGGAGAGCAUUAAAGGCGAGACCACUGGGAAUCUGGAGGACUUGAUGCUGGCUAUUGUGAAAUGUGUCAAAAGUGUCCCAGGGUAUUUUGCUGAGAGCCUUUAUAAAUCUAUGAGGCGAGCUGGAACUGAUGACAAAACCCUGACGAGGAUCAUGGUGUCCAGGAGUGAGGUGGACAUGUUGGACAUCAGAGCUAACUUCAAAAAGAUGUAUGGACAAAGUCUCUAUACCACCAUCCAGGAGGACACCGACGGAGACUACCAGAAGGCGUUGCUGUACCUCUGUGGAGGGAAAGAUUAAUCGUGUUUAUGAUGUGUGGAGCAGCGCUGAGUGAUGAGCGGCUGGGAGACAAAUCUAUAAACAAGAGACAAGAAUAUCGAUCCAACGUUCUUCUACUGACUUUAACAUAUUAUUGAUUGAAUUAAGAUGAAUUACCAGCAUGACAUUUUGAUUGAUAUCUGCAGUGUGAAUAUCUCCUACCUUAAUUCAACAAGACGUUCUCAGUUUUUAGUACAAAUCUAGUUCAUUUGAAUGCUUCAAUACAUUUCAGACAGAGCUGUUUCUAGUCGACCGUACCAAGUUGGCAGCAGUUUACCUCAUUUUUUCACCAUGUAUGUGUUAAAUCAGCCUCCAACAUACAAUAGUGCUGUUUAAUUAUUAAGCCUACGUGUCAACAACAGUGCUCCGCUCAUUAAUUACAAAUGAGGUGCUGAUCCAGACUAGAGUAACAAAGCUGCUGUCAGUGAUCAAUAAGUAAUAGAAGGGUAUUAGAUGGGCUGACUGAAAUUAGGACCUUUUCAUGAAAGGCGUAGGUGUUAAACAAAAGGGCUCCAUAGAUCAGAGGAAGACAAGUGGUUUCAGUCUGCUGAAUGUGAACCACAGGGUGGCAGCAAAGUUUGGAUUCAUCACUGGGAUUUUGACACAAAAACUUUACUUUUACUUUGAAUAAAUGUCACUCUGUGUGUCUAAUUGAAAUGCUUUAGUGAAUAUUAUUUAUUGAGCCUGUUGUUGGUUGACUUCUGUCUGUCCUGCUGUCCUUGUUUUGUUUGGUUCUCACAUGGUUACUGCCUCUGGAUUCCAUCAUAUCUGUGAACAACUAAAUAAAGUUUAUGUUGUGGGAAUUAAUUUUAACAA